AUGAGUGACCAAGCAAACCAAGGACGUGGAAGAGGACGCGGAGGCGGUGGUGGAGGCGGCGGUCGCGGUCGCGGUCGCGGUGGCAGUAACAGUAACAGUGGUAAUGGUGAUAGAGGUGAACGAGGAGGUGCUCGUGGAAAUGAGCGUGGUGGACGUGGAGAUGGAAGAGGGGGUUUUGGAAACAGAGGCACUUCUGGCGGACGCGGAGGAAGAGGUGGUAGUGGUGGUGGUAGUGGUGGACGCGGAGGGUCAAGCUUAACGAAAUUGAACAACAUUAAGGUUGAGUUUACUGACAAGGCUGUGAAUGCUGACAAUUUGAAGAGCAUUGCUGUGUAUGAAAAAGAUUAUGCUAAGCAAAUCAGUGUUGAUCCAAACCCAAUAUUGUUGCGUCAUGACUAUGGUAGUGCCGGUGCACCAGUUGACAUUGCAACUAAUUUCCUUAAGUACAAUGUGUCAAACUUGAAAGUGUACCUUUAUCACGCUGAUAUACAGGAAGAAGGAGACGAAGGAGAAGGUGCAGAAACGGGCAAUUCCAGAGCAAAAAACAAGAAGGAAAAGAGUGUUAGUGGCAUUAGAAAACCCAAGAUGACUGUGAAGCAAGCUGUAGAGAAUUAUUUGUUUGACUUGGAGCCAUUCAAAAGCAAGCGUCCACAAAUAUAUUAUCGUGACUACAAUAUCAUGUAUUCAAGCGUUCCUUUACCCAUUGAAGAUACUGUUAUUUACCCAAUCAAGGAGAAGCAGCUUGCAAUCAAGGUUCAAUUUGUAAAAGAACUUCAAUUCAACGAUUUAUUUAAGAUUCUGACUUUAAAAACUUAUACAAGGGAUUUCCAAGAAGCUACAGAAUAUACGAAUGCGUUGAUUGCAAUUAUUGGGUCCAAGGCAUUGAAAAACCAUGGUGCUGUUGGGGUUGGAGCUAACAAGUUUUUCUUAUUUGAGAAAAAUACCCCCGUCGAAGAUUUCCAAAAAGGUUUGUUUAUUGCGUUGGGAACUUUUGUAUCAGUUAGGUGCUCAUUUGGUAAUGUUAGGGUCAAUAUCAACCCAACACCAGCGAUAUUUUACAAGGCAUUUAAACCCGAUGGCAAUCCCAUGAGCGUUGUUGACCUUGUCCAGGACUAUUUGCAAAUCAAGGGUGUCCCUAACGAGUCGGAUGUUAAAAAAGUGCAAUCUUUCUUGAAAGGUUUGAAAGUCUACAGAAACUAUCUCAAAAAGAUUUCUGGUAAGGCGAUUCAAGGAUUCAAUUUCAGAGAAAAUUCAAAUACGUUAAAGUUUGAAGACUCUGAUGGCAAACUUACGAGUGUUGCAGCUUACUUCAAGUCCAAGUGGAACAUUGCGUUGAAAUAUCCUCAGUUGCCGUUAUUGAAAAUUGGCCCAACCGCGUAUUUGCCAAUGGAAGUGGCUUACGUUGUACCUAACCAGCAGUACAAGGGUGAGGUUUAUGACACAAGAACUCUUAUUCGUUUGACUGCCCUUAGACCAAUGGACAAGGCCAAGUUUUUGACUCAAGAGGGCAAAAAAUUACUUUCUGAAGUCGAUUUCGGUAAAAUCGACACAAAGUUUACAAAGAUACCCUCACGUAUCUUGCCAGCACCCGCAAUUGAGUAUAAGGAUAACAAAUUUGUCACUUACAAAGAAGAGCAGUUUAAUGGUAAGAAUGAGAAGAAAAAGGGUAACUGGAAUUUGGAAAAGAUGCAAUUUUACCUGUCGCCCAAGGGCAAGAAAAGUUACAACUUUGGUGUGUUUGUUUUGGUUGAUCGUUUUUUCCAAAAAAAGAGGGAGCAUCUUGGUGAGGCGUGCGAGAUUUUCUUUGCCGAAUUGAAUAGAUUGGGUAUAAAGAAUGCAGGAUCGAAAUACCAGAGAUAUAGUGUUGAUUUGGAGAGUCCUGCUGUUGCUGACGAACAAUCUUUGGAAAAAUCUUUGGUUGAUUUAUUUUCCAAAGCCAAAAAUAAGGACAAGUGUGAUUUCUUGUUGGUUGUUUUACCAAGCAAAGAUGCUAGGUUCUACCGUGCAGUUAAGAGAGCAGGUGAUUUGAAAGUGGGAAUCAAUAAUAGUUGUGUGAUUGUUGACACAUUUACAAAGCGUAAAUUUGAUAAAUUUGACAUGACGUUGUUUGCUCAGGUUGGUAUGAAGGUCAAUUUGAAACUUGGUGGUUCAAAUCAUAAAUUGUCUGAUGCUAAUAGUAAGGGGCUCGUUGACGAAAAGAAAGUCCCAGUGUUUAUUCUUGGUGCUGAUGUCACACAUCCUACUGGUGAGUCGAACGAAGAGUCCGUUUCUAUAGCUUCCGUUGUUGGAAGCGAGGAUGCUAUUUUCAAUAGUUUCCCAGGCUCGUUGAGAGUACAAGGUGGUGGCCAAGAAGUUAUUGCCGAGAUUAAAGACAUGGUAUAUGAGCGUUUGGAAAAUUUCCACAAGAAAGUUGGUAAGUUACCUUCGAAAGUGUUAUUUUACCGUGAUGGUGUGUCAGAGGGUCAGUACUACACAGUAUUGAAAGAGGAGUUGCCUAAAGUCAAGGCUGCAUUCAGCGAAUAUGGUAAAGCCAAGAAUAUCAAAUUUAACCCCAAGAUCACAUUUAUGAUUGUUGUUAAAAGACACCAGACUAGAUUUAUCCCAUUGAGCGAGAAUGCAGUUAGUCUUGCUACCAAGAAGAAUAUAGCAGCAACUGCCAAUGAUAAUGUGAUUCCAGGAACAGUUGUCGAUAGAGAUAUCACGUCAAUUGCGUUUUUCGACUUUUACAUUCAAUCGCAACAAGCACUUCAAGGUACUGGUAUUCCAGCUCACUACUAUGUGUUGCACGAUGAAAAUUCGUAUACCUCGGAUGAAAUCCAAAGAAUCACUUAUAAUUUGUGCCACACUUUUGGUAGAGCAACAAAGAGUGUCAAAGUUGUCCCAGCAGCAUAUUAUGCAGACUUGUUAUGUACAAGAGGUAGAUGUUAUGUUGGUCCACCAUCUAGAGACGCACCUUCGAAGAAUGUUAUUGAUUAUUACAAAGCAAAAUUGGGUGAUAACGUCGCAAAGAGUAUAAAAAAUACCAUGUUCUAUAUUUAA